GGAAACCUUUAUUCAACUGUAACAAGCAUCGUUCCAGGAAACCAGUAAAACUCAUCCAAUCAUCAAAUCCCCAAUAUUUUCCUUUUUCAGAAACCGAAGAUUCCACCCCAUAACGAUUAUAUUGUCGACUGGUUUCUUGUCAGAUUCCUGCAUAAUAUCAGCUAAUUUGUUGACCAAGAAGCUUUUAUUGUUUGAUUUUUGGAAAAAAGGAAAGUCUUUUGGUUGGUAUUGGGAGAGUAAUUUUGGAUCCGAAAAGAUACUGUAGUGGGGGAAUUGAAGUUCCAAAAUUGGACUUGAAGAAAUGAAAAGUGAAGUGUGGAGAUGGGCUGUGGGAUUGUUUUAUAUAUUCUUAGUUGCAACUAUAUGGAUUGCUGCUAGUUUUGUGGUACAGACGGUUGUAGAUGGAGGUGUGUCACCAUUUCUUGUAACAUAUAUUUGCAAUUCGUUGUUUGUUGUGUAUAUUCCUUUAGUUGAAAUCGGGCGUUAUUUGGAGGAUAAGUAUGGAAGUGGAAGUAUAUUCUUUUGGUUAAAUAAGAAUGGUGGUGGUUUUCAAGAAAUAGGGACUUCGGAGGAGGUGAUUCUUCUCGAUGUGGGUGGUCACAGUUUAAGUACAGAUGUGGUAGCACAACAAGAUCAAGUGGAUCACCAUGAAGAAGAAGUUUUUUCCACACAUGGUACAAUUGCUCAUGAUGCUAAUGAUGCUGGAUUGGAUGCAAAAGGGCGUUGGACACGUAGGAGAGUUGCAAGAGUUAGCCUAAUGAUAUGCCCAUUUUGGUUUCUGGCACAACUCACAUUUAAUCUUUCUCUGAAGUAUACUACGGUUACGUCUAAUACCAUCCUAAGCAGUGCCUCCAGUUUGUUCACCUUUCUAGUUGCACUUGUAUUCUUGGGUGAGAAGUUCACUUGGGUGAAACUGAUCAGUGUUCUGCUUUGCAUGGGAGGAACUAUAAUUGUCAGUUUAGGUGACUCAGAAACAGGAUUGAGUUCAAUUGCUUCAAAUCCAGUUCUUGGAGACAUUCUCUCUCUAAUAUCUGCAAGCUUUUACGCCGUGUAUAUUACUCUUAUUCGGAAAAUGUUGCCUGAUGAAGAUGAUGCAGAAAAGGGCUGUGCAAGUAUGGCACAGUUUCUUGGAAUUUUAGGUUUUUUCAACAUCUUGAUAUUCCUUCCUGUUGCGCUUGUACUUGACUUUACUAAACUGGAACCUUUCAACACGCUUACCUGGAAACAAUUUGGUCUUAUUGUGGGUAAAGGUUUGCUGGAUAACGUGUUGAGUGAUUACCUAUGGGCCAAGGCCGUCCUCCUUACAAGCACCACUGUAGCAACAGCUGGUCUUACAAUUCAGGUUCCUUUAGCGGCCAUCGUGGAUUCAGUGACUGGAAAUGCACCCCGUCUCUUGGAUUACAUUGGAGCUGCAGCCAUAAUGGUUGGUUUUGCCGGCAUCAACGUUCCUUCUCAAGCCUGUUUCGGAACAUAAGAAGCCAAUCUUGAACUCGAGAAUGGAAACGCAGGUCCAUCUGGCCAAGAUGGCUUGUCGUCAAGGUAAAUAGGCCCCCUUGUCCUAUGUCAAGAGUACAGUUGAAAUGUAAUCAUAGAAAAUGAAUUGCAGAAAGUUUAUGUAGUUCGAUUCUUUACCACUUUUGGAUGGAUUAGUCUCAGAUGGACUGUGCAACUAUACUGCAACAUAGAAAAAUAUGGGGCGACACAGAGAAAAUACGAAUGUCAUUUGAAAAUUUGUAAUUUUUUGUUAUUCACUGUUCUCUUCAUUCUAGAUGGGAGAAAAUUUUUAGGAAUGAAUUGAAAUUAUCGGUUGAUUUAAUCCCUGUGAAUUCA